AUGGCUUUUACUGACAGAAAAACUUGUUCUUUCGAAUCAGAUGAUACAUUGAAAGAAGAACAACUGUUCAAUGCUAUUGAAUCAAAUAAUGUCACUGUUGUGCAGAAUUUUACGAAAAAUGAACUCCAACGUUUAUGUAACGUACGUCGUCUCUUUCCGUCUGAAUGGUCCUCACCGGACCACGAAAAACAAACAGCUUAUCAACGUGCAUGUCUUCUUGGUCAUACAGACAUUGUGCAGUGUAUUCUCAAUGCUGGUAUUCCACCGGAUCAAAGAUUCCCCGGUGGUGAUUCACGUAAUACUAUGCGAGGAGCAUUUCUAUUUGCUUGUCAAGCACGUUCGAUGUCAACAAUUACAGUUUUACUUAAUGCUGGUGCACCAGUUGAUGAACUAGGUUCAUGUUCUCUUAAUUAUGCUAAUUCUUUUGUUCCUGGUAUUCGUGUAUUUAGUUCAUUUGAACGUGACUCAGUCUCUUGGGAGAAUCUCUAUCCAAUUC